CAGCAAUGAGGAGGUCAAACAGGACGCAAUGUUCUCCGGUCACAUGUUCUUUUGUGUGUCAGCAUCUUUCCUAUGGUCCUGAACGCAUCAUAUCCGCGCAUGUCUGUUUCGUGGUGGAUAAACAAAACUGAUCCAUUACCAGCAGCAGUUCUCUGAAGAAUUAAGAGUCACAUUCAGGUAAUUCUUUCUGACCUCAUUUCACUCAAACUACCUCUACCUUCUCACACUAACUGCGAACAGACUGCUUCAUGCUGAAGUGGCUAGGUGUGACUAUGGGGGAUACGUUUUCCCUCCUCUCCAAGCAGACUGGACACGAUGAGGGUCAAGACAUCCUCACAUCCCCUCUGGAGGACAGCCAGUCCGAGGACGGGAAAAGUGGAGAUGUCUCCCAGUUUCCUUAUGUGGAGUUCACGGGACGGGACAGUGUGACGUGUCCAACAUGUCAGGGCACCGGGAGGAUCCCCAGAGGACAAGAAAAUCAGCUCGUGGCAUUGAUUCCUUACAGCGACCAAAGGCUGCGCCCCAGGAGGACGAAGUUGUAUGUAUCAGCGUCAGUGGUUCUCUGCCUGUUACUCUCCAGCCUGGCCGUCUUCUUCCUCUUCCCUCGCUCCAUUGAUGUUUCCUACGCCGGGGUGAAGACUGUUUUUGUCAGCUACGACCAAGACAAACGCAGCGUCUAUCUCAACAUCACGAACACCUUGAACAUCACCAACAACAACUACUACUCAGUGGAGGUGGCCAACAUCACUGCUCAGGUUCAGUUUGCAAAGACGGUGAUCGGAAAAUCUCGCAUCACCAACACCACGGCCAUCAGCCCUCUGGACAUGAAACAGAUUGAUUACAUGGUCCCAACGAUCAUAGCAGACGAGAUGAACUACAUGUAUGACUACUGCACUCUGCAAACCAUCAAGGUCCACAACAUUGUCGUCAUGAUGCAAGUCACCGUCACCACCACGUACUUCGGUCACGCGGAGCAAGUGUCUCAGGAGAUGUAUCAGUACGUGGACUGUGGAGGAAACACCACCUCCCUCAGCGCGAUGAUCACCUGCUGAGUAAACCCUCCGCUGUCCUCCUGCAGCUGGAGAUAACCUUCACACGUUCCUCUUCACUUCUGCUCCACCCACAGCCUCUGACUAAUCGCAGUGUUGACUCCGGUAUCAAUGUUUCAAUAACUCCUGACUAACCGCAGAAGAUGAUGCUUGUCAUCUACUUUUAGAAUAGGAAUAAUUAAUGUAUUUUUAGUAUAAAUGCAAAAAACAUCAUUUUAUUUUGCUAACAUCUUUACUUUGUUUUCAGUCUUUAGUUUGAGGAAAAGCAAAUCUUUCCAAAAGUUAAAAGCUCUCCGUUUUUUAAACCUGACGUCCAGCACUGACUUUUGUCACUCAGAUAUUUCUGUUAAGCGAUUCUGUGGUUAGAUAUCAGACAGUGUUGGGACUUUGCUGCUCACUACCCUGAAUCCAAAAAUAUUUUGGAUGCCAGUAAAAAUGUUUAUAAAACAGAAUGUACUUAUCUGCUGUUACAUAUUUUAGCAUAUCAUCUAUGAAAACAGGAACUGAGACAAUAUAUUUAACUUUCACAUCUCUACAAAUGCACUAUUUUCUCAUUUUUCAACAGCAUUCCCAGAUGUGUUGCAAUAAAGACAAUUAAAACUCGUUAAAAUACUCCUCCAAAGCUUCCUGCCUACAGUGAUGGAAGUUUAAUUUAUUUGAUUUAGUAUUUGUCACACGUGUCAUAAUUUAAUUUAUAGUGCCAAAACUAACGUUUACAGAUCCCAUUCUUCGGUUGUAAUCCAUCAUCCAUGAUCUGUUAUUUGCGCUUCAGAGCAGGAGCAGAACUUAUUGUUGACUACCUACCAAACCCUGAUGCACUUUAUGAGUCUAUUUAAAACUCACAUUUAUAAUUAGUGCUUAGUUACAGACCAAUCUAAAGCUCCCCGAACUAUCUUCAUCAGGAGACGUUGCACAUUCAGAAACACAUGCACAAGUCCAGAUUGAAUGCUACGAGGGAAACUUGCUCCAAAUGAAAUACAAUAAAAUUAUAAAACAGGAAACAGCAAACACAAACAAUGCAAAUUUAAAGACGCACAAACGGAGAAAAUGCAUAAAAGAUAAACGCUGCAAGUCGAGACGUGGUAACAGAUGUACUCCAGGCCUGUAGGGGGCGCAGUGUGGGACUGUUAACUAUAUUUUAUAAUUUAUGGGAGGGAGUGAGGAAGACGGGGCGGUGAACAGUUCACAUCACUAAUAAACUAUCCCACUCAGCGCCCCCUACAGGCCCGGAGCGCUUCUGAUGUCAGCGUUUCUCUUUUGCAUGUUUCAUUUUCACGUUUGUGAUUUUUGAUCUUCAUUGUCUCUGGAGUUGCAGCUCGUUUGCUGUUAAUGCUUUUUUAUGUUUCUUUCAUUUGCGGCACGUUUCCAUCAUCACGUUUGUUUCUGAGUUUGCAGCACAUUCCUCUUUAUGAAGAUCGUUCCACCUGUAUCAGAUGAGUUAGCUUUUGUUCUCAUAAGCCUUCUCUGUUACCGCUGUGUUAGACUUUAUGAAGGAUGAACAGAAAGUGGUGUUGUUGUAACAUCAGUGUUCACAUAUUGUCGUGUUCGACAGUUAGAUAAGCUCAAGUUCUUCUUGUAAUUCUAUUUUGUUAUUUAUUCACUGUAGUGUUUGCUUGGUUGGAGUAUAGUUCAAAAAGCUGUUUUUGUCUCCUUCAUAGUAAUGAAGUGAAGUCUCUCCUGCUGCAUUAUUCAAAUACAUCUGGAGAAUAGUAUUAUUAGAUUGUAUUUUAAUUUUUAAAUCUCGUCUUUUACAUUUCGUCCAAUAAGCAGAUGAGAUUUCUCAUCUAGUGAUUAUUAUUUACAUAAUGAUGCGUUAUUCUAGUAUCUUUAAACCAGUGGGUUUUUUUCCAACAUGUUUUGUCGUCCAAAUGACGAUCUGGGAUAGAAGUUCAGGACAAAUGCUCCUGUUUACUGAAAGUUUAUAUUUUUGUCACAGACAGUCUCAGAUUUAUUUUCUGUUUUCACACAUGCACUAAACUCCUGAAAACUCUCCUGAAAUGAUCAGGGUGAGCUGCACAUGACCAAAAUGUUCAUCCCAUUUUCCAGCCAGCCCUCCAGUUAAAUUCCUGCAGGAAGUCAGGCUGACUCAGGAUAAUUCCCCAUGCAGAAAUCUGUAUCACGCUCUUAAUGCACAUAAUGAAGCUGCUUCAUCCUCUUUUCUGCUCCCAGUAUGUUCUGCUCCUCUCUUUUUAUGAUUCUGUGAAUACAUGUGUUUAAACAUGUCAUUGACAUAAAGGUAAAACACUGUCACCCUUGUGUCCUACUCUGGGCAUCGCCCUGUAGCAUAGAUCUGCAGUCUUUGUACUUGCAGACUGAACCCUGCAGCAGAAUGAAAUAGGUGUCCCAGUGUGUGAGUUCACAUUGAGUUAUGGUGAUGGAGAAGUGCAAGAGGCAGAAUGACUUUGCCCCACCUUUAUGGAGCCAUGCAUUACACAUUACAAACAAGGGGUACCAAGGGUCUCAAUAUCUCACCUUAAAGCUGUCAGUCUUUAAAAGCUUAGUAACUACAGCAGUGUCUUUUCUCCACCAUGUCCUGUCUCCUGAGGGAAGACUUAACACAGUCAAGGACUUCGCAAAACUUCAGCGCCUUUCAGGGGUCCUGAAAUUUCCCAGGAAUUUUCAGGAGUGCAUGUGUGAAAGGGGCUUAAUGUUACAGAAAGGAUCCCUCUUUAAGAUGACUUUUUUUUAACUGAAACUUGUCGUCAACUCAAUUCAAUGCCACCAGACUGCGGUUAUUUUACCUAGGAGUUACCGCUAUAACAAACCCAAACCUUUUUCCCCCUUUCAACCAGUUCAACCCUAAAUUAUGUAAAUAAACCCACAGGUUUCAAAGUACUGGAAAGCUCAGUCUCACCAGCAAAACCCAAGCAAUGUCUAAGGAGUCCCUGCAACCUUCUGAGCUGCCAAAUGGGGGCAGCAUACUGUACAUCUUUGACAUAUGCUUUUGCACUGCCAGAUGAUACAAACUAUCCCAACAAGCCUUAUCUUUAAGGGGACUGGGGUCUUGUUUUCCCCCUAAACCUCUAUGUAACUCAUGAAGUAAAAACUGCUCCUGGUCUUUGGGCAGUUUAACACACGAGCAGAUGUAUUCAGUAGAAACAGCUUGAAGAGACGUUCGUCUGACUCUGCUGCACCGUCCUGCUUCCGUUAGCUUGUAACCUACAGGAGUUUUCAGCAGUUCAGCUGUUAAUGCAUCGCUUUUAUCACUUCAUAUGGCACAUGAAUUUCCCCACAGUUCUUUCUUUGCUAUCUUUUGGUGAAUUAGAAUAGCAGAGAAAGUGUAACAAGAGGUGUUAAACUGAUGUAGAGCUGCAACCAAAAUUUGACUUUAGUAUUGACUAAAGUCUGAACAUUAAAAAAAUCAGACUGCCUCAAUGGCUCAAUCAACCAGAAAGUCCUUGAUGUUUCCCGUUAAAUAUAAAAAGCAUUCAGGUGUUCAGCAUUCUUCAAGCUAUACCAAGUGAAAGAUCAUGUCAUUGAUUAUUAAUUGUUUACUGUACAUGACUCAUGUUCAAAACACUGCAGACAUGAUGACUGAACAUCAAACCACUGAAGCUUUCAGGUCGAUGAGUCGUACGGCUGUUUUUCUUUGUUGUUGUUUUGUUUAAUUUAAAUAUUAUAUCUUCUUAUUUGUGUUUUUGCUUUAACGCAAUCAGAAAUUCCAAUUUCCUAACAUUUCCUGAAUGCAUCGCGACAGUCUGCCUUAGUCCUGCUGAUAAAAGUUUGUGUUGAAUAAUUGUAAUAUGUCCGGUGAUUUGUGUUGCUUUUCUCACCAAUUACCGCCAAAUUCCUCUUGAUGUGCAGAAAGCUGUUAAUUUUUUCGUUCUAAUAUAACAAAAAAAUGAGAAGGAAUAUUUUGUGCAACAUUGUUCUUAAUUUAUUCUGUUAAUGAGACUCUAAAGGUAAUAUAUUUUCCACCUCUCAUCAUAAAUCAUCCAGAGAUUAUCUUGCCGAUCUAUCAUUUUCUUUGAUUGAUGUCACCACCCUGUAAAUAUUUAAAAUGUUAAAUAACGUCUUCAUACAGAUUUUGAUAGAAUGAAGCUGUGACGUUUGUACGAAGAGGAUUUAAAGAAAAGCACAUUAACAGUUUGAUUUUAUUUCUAACAUGCGACCUUGUUUCCGUUAACAAUCUGAACCAACGUGUAACAUUUGUAAGCUUUUAGUCUCCUACCUCUCUUGUCAUUGAAACAUUUGUCUGUUGUUUCUCAUAGUGAAUGUUUGUUGCAGGAGCAUAAAUAAAGUUUUAAAUUAUGGUA